AUGGUCUCUCCCACCACCCCCCUGCUGCUCCUGGCCGUGACCCUGUCCCUGCUGGGGUCACCAGGUGCCACGGCAUUCCAGCCUGGACAGAGCCAGGCUGGAAGGGGAUCUGAGCAGCCCCCAACCCAAGAGGGCAGCGCAGGGGAAUCAGCGCUGGUUGCUGUCCACCUACGUCUGGAGGUUCCAGAGGCGGCCUGGCUCUCUGUGCUUGCUGAAAGCCUGACUCUCCCCACCACUUUGCCUUCCUCUUCCUUCACUCGCCUCAGUCUCACAACAGUGUGCAAUGCCAGUCGCCAGGAUGCGGCCAUCUCUUGCACAUGCUGCACAGGAUACCAGUGGAACGUCAGCUUCUGCUCCAGCCACCAGCGCUGCCCUGACUCUCCCUGGCAUCCACCCUGCCGUUGUCUGAUCUUCAGGCAUUCUGAACCCAGCUACUGCCAGUUACUGCCACCUGGUGAGCCAGGCAGGGAACUGGAGAACCACAACGUCCAAGGUGAGCGCACGUGCAGCUUCAAGGCCCAGGGAGUUCUGUGGGAGCUGUACCAAGUGGUGAAUGUGUCCUUGGAAGCAGCUCACCUUCUGGACCAGCUGUCCGUCUUCUGCACCAGCUCCUCUGGCUUCCAGCUGAGUUGCUGUGUCCCCAACACAUCCCUGACCUACAUGGCUACCUGGAGUUCUGGGGAGGACAGUGAGGAUGGUGACAUCAUGUGCUCUGAGGACUCCUGGAAUAUCACCAAGGCUGUCUUCCGGGUGCUGGCAGACUUGACCCGCCUACAAAGUCUAGAGGAGAGGACCAUGUUGCCCUCUGACUUGCUGUCACUACUGAACAACACAGAGCACCUGGGCAUGGUGAUAGCACAGAACCAGGGGCAGCUUAAGCCCGAGAUCCUACAGAAUAUCCUGAUAACCAUGGACAAGAUCCUAGACAUGAAUAUCAGUUCCUUGUGGACAGCGGUCCAGGUCCAGUAUCCCCGGAUGCCCUCAUUCUUCCUGUGGGCUGUGGAGACCCUGGCAAGCCGACUGCACCUGCUGAAUCGAUCAAUCACCCUCAACUUGACCAACGUGUUCCUGCACAGCCAGAUCUACCCACCUACAUCCUCUUCUAACUAUAUAAUGGCCUUGCCCCUUGUGCAGGCACAUAUCCCCUGGCACUCACUGGCCCCACAUGUCCCUAAUGGAACCAGUGUCCGAAUUACGAGCUUGCUGCUGCAAAAACUAGACCAUCUCCUGCCCACAAACUAUGGGCAGGAGCUGGGAGACGACCUCUACGUCACUUCUGGUCGCAUCCUCUCCAUUUCCGUCAUGGCUGGUCGCCAGGCCAUCAAGCAGGCAAAUGUCAUCAUGCACUUUGAGGCCAUAAAUGGUGUCCCCCACUGUGUCUUCUGGAACUACAGUCUCUUUUGGCCCAAAGGGGGUUGGUCAAAGGAAGGGUGCCGGGUGGCCUUUGCAAAGCACACUGCUCAGUGCAUUUGUGAGCACCUCACUGCCUUCUCCAUCCUUAUGUCCCAACACUCUGCCCCACAUGACCCUGCCCUGGAACUGCUGAGUCAGGUGGGCCUGGGGACCUCCAUAAUGGCACUGCUAGCAUGCCUGGCCGUGUAUAGGCUGGUAUGGAGAUGUGUGGUACGGAACAAAAUUGCCUACUUCCGCCAUGCCGCCCUGGUCAACAUGACUUUCUGCUUGCUGUUUGCAGACACCUGCUUCCUGGGCUCCCUACUGUUCCAACCUGAACCCCAGAGCCUGUUCUGCCUGGCCGCAGCCUUUUUCUCUCAUUUCCUUUACCUGGCCACCUUUUUCUGGAUGCUGGCACAGGCCCUGGUGCUGGCCCACCAACUGCUUUUUGUCUUCCAUCCGCUCUCUAAGCACCGAGUCCUCACCCUCAUGGUGAUCCUUGGCUACCUGUGCCCCUUGGGCCUUGCUGGGGCCACCAUUGGCCUCUACCUUCCUCAGGAGAAGUACCUACGGCAGGGACUAUGCUGGCUGGAUGCGAAGGGAGGGGCGUACUAUACCUUCGUGGGGCCUGUGCUCAUCAUCGUGGGUGUCAACGGGCUGGUGCUGGCCAUGGCGGUGCUGAAGCUGCUGAGACCAUCGCUGUCAGAGGGGCCUCCAGCAGAGAAGCGCCAGGCUCUUCUGGGAGUGGUCAAGGCCCUGCUCGUUCUCACACCCAUCUUUGGCCUCACCUGGGUACUGAGCCUGGCCACUCUGUUAGAGACAGGCUCCAUAGUCCCUCACUACAUCUUUACCAUCUUCAACGCCUUCCAGGGUGUCUUCAUCUUACUGUUUGGUUGCCUCAUGGACAGGAAGGUACUGGAGGCUUUGCGGAAACGCUUCUGCCGCACCCAAGCCCCCAGCUCGGCCAUCUCCCUGGGCACAAAUGAAACCCACGUCUCAGACCAGAGCAAAGGAGGAAGGGAAAGCAGCAGGUGA